CGAGAGAGCGGGAGAACGGGUGUUCGCCCGCCGGCCGGGAGGCCCCGGAGCCGGCCCAUGGGGAGCGAGCGCCCGGCGCCGGCCACGACGACCGCCGCCACCCGCGCUGCGCCCGGCCCGUGAAGCCCAGGAACCCCUCUGGGAGAGCCCCAUGAGGGCAGGAGAGUGAUGGAGAGUACGCCUAGCUUCCUGAAGGACACCACAGCCUGGGAGAAGACAGCCCCUGAGAAUGGCGUCGUGGGACAGGAGCCAAGCACCCCGCCACAAGAAGGCCUGCACCAUGGGGCACUGUGCCUGGGAGAGUCUGUGCCAUUCUGGAGGGGUGUCCUGAGCACUCCAGACUCCUGGCUUACUCCCGGUUUCCCCCAGGGCCCCAAGAACACACUCCCUCUGGUAGAGGGUGAGGGCCCCCGGAAUGGGGAGAGGAAGGCCAGCUGGCUGGACAGCAAGGAGGGGCUGUGCUGGAAGGAAGCGAUGCUUGCCCAUCCACUGGCAUUCUGCAGGCCAGCGUGCCCACCUCGCUACAGACCCUUGAUUCCUGAGCACGGUGGUAGCCAUCCCAAGAGUGAUCCCAUGGCCUUCCAGCCCUUGCACUGCCCCUUCCUUCUGGAGACCAAGAUCCUGGAGCGAGCUCCCUUCUGGGUGCCCACCUGCUUGCCACCCUGCCUAGUGUCCAGCCUGCCCCCAGAGCAUCCGUAUGACUGGCCCCUGGCCCCCCACCCCUGGAUGUACACAGGGGCACAGCCCAAAGGGCCCUCUGCCUUCAGCUUAAGCAGCAAGGGCUUUUACCACAAGGAUCCAAGCCAUCUCAGGCUGGCAAAGGAGCCACUGGCGAAUGCAGAGCCUGGGUUGUUGGGCUUAGCCACCGGUGGGCAUCUUGCAAGAGCUGUGGAGGUGGAACCUUCUUCACUCCACCAGAGGGACGGAGAGACGGGAGCUAGCAGGCACCAGAGUCUUUGCCCGCGUUUCCUGGGGCAUCCAGACACUGUGGCUCAGUCUCCCUGGACCGCUCGUUCCCCAAGCCUGGUUCAUACUCUUGGCAACAUCUGGGCUGUACCAGGAAGUGGGAGCCUUGGGUACCAGCUGGGACCACCAGCCUCAUCCAGGUGCCCCUCUCCCAGUCCCCCUACCACCCAGGUGGGCUGCUGCUCCUCUCACCCACCACCCAGAGACAGGGGCCAUGGCCCUUGUGGGGAGUGCCAGGGGGGCCUGGAGGGGGGCACCAGUGGGGCAAUUGAGUCCAGCGAGGAAGUGAACAAGCCGCCUGGUGGCAUGGCCUGCCCUCCCAGCCACCAUACCAAGCUGAAGAAGACGUGGCUCACACGACACUCUGAGCAGUUCGGGUGCCCAGACGACUGCCCUGGGGAUGAAGAGAGCCCUACUGUCCAGCUCCGGGCCCUCAAGAGGGCAGGCAGCCCUGACGUCCAGGGAGCAGUGGGUGGCCCAGCCCCCAAGCGCCCACCCGACCCCUUCCCAGGCAGCGUGGGGCAGGGGGCCAGAGGGCGGCAGCAGGUGCCAGACUCAUCCAUAGGGAACAAGGCGGAGGCCGAGCAGCAUGAUGACCAGAGAGGACCCCGAGAUGGCAGGGCCAGCGUCCAGGACCCAGAGCUUCAGGAUAUCCCUUGCACCGCUCUCCACACAGGCAUCUGUCAGUGCCAAAGCUGUGCCCAGGCCGCUGGAGAGAUGGGAAGGCUGGCCUGCUGCUCCCAGCAAGUGUGGAGGUUGCCUCUGGGAGGGGAGCAGCAGCAGGAGGACGACUCGGCAGCCAGCUCCGAGGAGGGCAGAGGGUCUGGCCCUGAGGCCCCGCUCUCCAUGGGCCUCGCCAAGCACCUGCUAGGUGGUUUGGGGGACCGGCUGUGCCGCCUGCUGCGGAGGGAGCGGGAGGCCCUGGCCUGGGCUCAGCGGGAAGCAGGCCAGGGGCCAGCCGCCCCGGAGGACAAUCCAGGUGUCCCCCGCUGCUGCAGUCAUUGCCAACAUGGACUCUUCAACACCCACUGGAGAUGCCCCCACUGCAGCCAUCGGCUGUGUGUUGCCUGCGGCCGCAUGGUGGGCACUAGGAAGACAAGGGAGAAAGCAGCUUCUCCCACAGGCUCUCAGGAGGCUGGGCACAGUGCCUGCUCGCUGAUGCUGACCCAGUUUGUCUCUAGCCAGGCUUUCGCAGAGCUAAGCACUGCAAUGCACCGGGUCUGGGUCAAGUUUGACAUCCGGGGGCACUGCCCUUGCCAAGCUGAUGCCCGGGUGUGGGCGCCCGGGAAUGGGAGCCAGCAGGUAAGAACCAGGAAGCAGCCAACAGAGAAAACUCUCCCAACUCUGCAACUUUCCUGCAACGGGGAUUCCAACAGGACCAAGGGCGUCAAAGAGGAGACCCCAGACUCCACAGAGAGUCCGGCCGAGGACCGUGCCGGCCGAGGGCCCCUGCCCUGCCCCUCCCUCUGUGAGCUGCUGGCCUCCACUGCUGUCAAACUCUGCUUGGGGCACGAGCGGAUACACAUGGCCUUCGCCCCCGUCACCCCGGCUCUGCCCAGCGAUGACCGCAUCACCAACAUCUUGGACAGCAUCAUUGCCCAGGUGGUGGAGCGGAAGAUCCAGGAGAAAGCCCUGGGGCCUGGGCUGCGGGCAGGGCCGGGCCUGCGCAAGGGCCUGAGCCUGCCCCUCCCGCCGCCGCCGCGGCCCAGGCCGCCGCUCCCCGGGGCUCUGCUGUGGCUUCGGGAGCCCAGGCCCCAGUGGGGCACCAGCCUCUUCCAGGAGCACUGGAGGCAGGGCCAGCCUGUGCUGGUGUCAGGGAUUCAGAGGAUGUUGCAAGGCAACCUUUGGAGGAUGGAAGCUCUUGGGGCGCUCGGGGGACAAGUGCAGGCACUGACCCCCCUCAGGCCUCCCCGGCCCACAGGCCUGGACAGCACAGCAUUCUGGGAGGGAUUCUCCCGGCCUGAGACGCGUCCAAAAUCAGAUGAAGCCUCUGUCCUCCUGCUGCACAGGGCUCUGGGGGAGGAGGAUACCAGCAGACUGGAGAACCUGGCUGCCAUCCUGCCACUCCCAGAGUACUGUGCCCACCAUGGGAAACUCAACCUGGCUUCCUACCUCCCACCGGGCCCUGCCCUGCAUCCACUGGAGCCCCAGCUCUGGGCAGCCUAUGGUGUGAGUCCACACCAUGGACACCUGGGGACCAAGAACCUAUCUGUGGAGGUGACUGACCUGGUCAGCAUCCUGGUACAUGCUGAAGCACCCCAGCCUGCCUGGCACCGGGCACAGAAAGACUUCCUUUCAGGCCUGGAGGGGGAAGGGCUCUGGUCUCCAGGCAGCCAGGUCUGCACUGUAUGGCAUGUGUUCCGGGCACAGGACGCCCAGCGCAUCCGCCGCUUUCUCCAGAUGGUGGGCCCGGCUGGGGCAGGCACCCUGGAGCCUGGCAUCCCAGGCAGCUGCUACCUGGAUGCAGGGCUACGGCGGCGCCUGCGGGAGGAGUGGGGCGUGAGCUGCUGGACCGUGCUGCAGGCCCCUGGAGAAGCUGUGCUGGUGCCUGCAGGGGCCCCCCACCAGGUGCAGGGCCUGGUAAGCACAGUCAGUGUCACGCAGCGCUUCCUGUCCCCCGAGACCUCUGCCCUUUCUGCUCAGCUCUGCCACCAAGGACCCAAUCUGCCCCCUGACCACUGCCUGCUCUAUGCCCAGAUGGACUGGGCUGUGUUCCAAGCAGUGAAGGCGGCUGUGGGAACAUUACAAGAGGCGAAAUAGGGGUUUCCCAGGUGACAGGGAGGUAGGGUUAGGGGUCAGGUAGACCAGAUCCUCAGCCUAGGCACAGCAUCAGCAGGGAGAGAUGUUGGGUGAUUGGGGACUUUUGGUCAACCUCACAAGUACCACUCUGAGGGUACCCCGUUUCAUGCCCUUACCCCAGGCACUAAAGCCAGCAACCACAUGCCACCAAAGCUCACAAAUGCCAUUCACCUGCUCUGCCCUUCUCAUGGUAUUGGGCCCACAUUGGGGGUGAUUGGCUCCCUCCAACCCCACCAUCACCCCCCAGCCCAGGAGAAACUCAGCCCUUCCUUGGGGGAACUUGGGAAUCACUCUGGCUUAAGUAACACCUCCUUCCUCUGCAUCAUCACCUACUGCUCCCAAUCCCAGAACUCUGCCUGCAGCAUCCACAUCCUCUGGGCUCCCAGGCAGCCCUUUGCACAGCAGACAUUGCUCGCCAAGGAACCACCAAAAUUCAGCCUCUUGCCACAAGAGCUGUGAAGCAGCGGGAAGGGACAGUAUCAGGGAACUGCCCAGCCUUGGCCGGAGGAAACGUCUGGGGCCAUGCCAUCCUGCCCGUGCUCCCCCUCCCUCCUCCCCCCUCCUCCCUCCUCGUUCUUUCCAUUAAAGUCUGUUGUUCAGUGAAUGCUGCCAGUGCACGCUGCUAACGCAGGCCACGUGGUAAGGGGAGGGAGGGGAGCCAUGGAGAUCUGCUCUGGAGCAGGAACAAGUGAAGUGGGGUAGGCAGUACUGGGGUGACAGGGACCUCAAACCCUCCUGCCUGCUCUUCUUCCUGGGGCCUGGAUCCCUGGCACCCACUGAGGACAAGAUGGAGCCUUUGGCCCAAAGAUGGCUCUUGGUAGCAAUAGAAGGCAAAGCAGAGCCCUGGAGCACAACAGCGUCGGCCAGCGGAGAUCCUGGUGCCACCACACUCCCACCAACUCCAGGUCUGCCGUGUAGUCUGACUUGGAGACAGGCGUGUGGCCCAGGAGAGCCCUUGCCCAGCCCUUCUGCCUUGGUGCCCUAGACCACAGGCCCAGCUGCCCCAGGACUGAGACUCCCAGCUGAAACAGCUGACUGCCUGUCCCCCCACCUGUCCCCCAUGGCCCUGCUGGUGUUACUCUCCCCUGCCACCCCUUCCCUCAUAUAUCUCAAAAUGUUCCCACUGUUGUUAUACCUAAUUGUUUCUGUGGUGGUUCAGGGAAUUUUUUUUAUUAUUAAAUAA